UCCUCUAUUUGCUAUACUUAGUGCGCUGAAUCUCUAGAGCAUUUCCACACUUCUUGAUUUCUCCUGGUCAGCCUGUUUAUAAUUCCAGGUGUCUCCCUAAAACUUCUAGCGAGCACAACCGUCCUUUCCAUUCAUUACCUUUGUAUCUUAUCACUUCUCCUCACAUAUUCCCACAUCGCUCCCACCUCCAGCCCAGGCAGUUUCUCAAAUUUAUUAAAUUCCAGCACGCCGGAUUCACCUAACGAAGGGCUGGUCCUGGAUCAGCAGAUCAAGGUCUCGAUCUGCGAUUCGCCGAAAGAGGAGGAAGAUAAACAGGUAUAUGCCCUCGUUGCCGUGAUCAAGAGAACACAAGAAUUCAGUUCGGAUAAGAUAAGAAUCCGUUCAUUGCCGACCCCCACCCGCCCACUAAGUCACACGCACGCAUGCACAAAACCCAUCCCGUGCGCACGGCAGCUCCUUUAAAAAGCAAGCGGGAUUUAUUCAUUCAGCAGAAGGAGAAGGGCGACAGGGAUAAGGAGGAGGUACCGAGGUGUCCGCCAAAUACCCGGGCAUCACCGACACCGGCGACGGAAGCGAAGCUACUAAAUGUUCACCGUUGACCACCCGGCGUCGCCACGGAGGUGGACAGCCCGCUGACUCCCACAUUGCCCGCGGGAAGACGAGCAGACGAAGAGGUGGGGACCGGGCACCUGGCGCAGGACGGGAUGGCGAGAGAGACCAAAGCUGCCACAUACAAGUACAGCGCCCCCAAGUGGCGGUUGCAGAACAUUGCACAGGAGUCCGUCGAUAGCUCAGAUGACGAGUUUUUCGAUGCUCGGGAAAUGGUGGAGGGCAAGAGCGCCAUCCUCCUGGGCAUGAGUCAGUGGAACUCCAAUGACCUGGUGGAGCAAAUUGAGACCCUGGGGCACCAAGGUCGCACUCGAGAAAGUCCCCUUCAGCACUCCCAGAGCAGUGUGGAUGGCCAAGAGAUCCUAGAGAGGAAAUGCAAGGCCCGCAUACUGAUUCUGGUGGUACAUGGCAGCCAUGCCCUGGACCCGGGGGGUGGUGAUGCAGGUGCCAAAGCGGGCGAUGUGGCCACGCUUGCAGAGGGCCUGGACUGCAUGGCGCGGGCACACUUACGGGCCGGUGCCCCCCAGCACAUGCAGGUCCGCCUGGUGCCCUGCCCUCCCGUGUGCACUGAAGCCUUCUCUCUCAUCUCCAACCUGAACCCUUACAGCUGUGAGGAGAGCUGCGUGUCCAGCAGCGUGGACCACCUGCCCUUGGCUGCACUCCCCCUGCUGGCUGUAGCCGCUCCAAGCUACCGGGACGCCGUGGCCAUGCUCAUCGGCCGCGCCAACCGGGUUUACCGCAGCUUCCUGCAGUCUGAGGACGGCCGUGGGUUCACUGGUCAGGUGUGCCUAAUGGGGGACUGUAUCGGGGGGGUGCUGUGCUUUGACGCACUGUGCCUCCGCAGCGGAUCACCCCAGGGGACACACAGCGACUGCAGCAGGAACAACAGCAUGGAAAGCAUAAAGGAUACCGCUGGUCUACUGGGGGGGGGCAGCCCCAGCCUGGGCUCUAGCAAGCGGCUCAGCAAGAGCAACGUCGACGUCUCGGCUCCUCGUAGGACACUUCGCAGGAAGCAGAGCGACUCGUAUGACGGGGACCCCAACGGUGGCCGGGGGGGAUUCUUCAGCAGUGACCCGCUGCAGGCGGAGGACGGCCUGGUCCAGGACAGUCACUCCAGCCCUGGGUGCCUAGAGUUCCAGGUGUCCAGCUGCUUCCUCCUGGGCUGCCCGUUGGGCCUGGUGCUGGCCAUGAGGAGGAGCGUGCUGCCUGAGGGCCAAGUCUCCCACCUCCGGCCAGCCUGCUCCCAGAUCUACAACAUCUUCUACCCCUCGGACCCCUCUGCCUCCCGCUUGGAGCCUCUGCUGCAGCCCCAGUUCCAGCGCCUACCCCCCUUCACCGUGCCCCACUACCAGUCUGACCUGCUGGGUAAUGGAAUCUCCGCCCUCUUGGCUGAUGCCAUUCAGAGCAACCCCGCAGUGUUCGCCGAAGCUCUGACCACUCCUCCCGAGACCCCGGAGCAGAGCACUGGUCUUGUCAGCAAUGACAACGAACCUUUGGGCCACAGUGCAAGCCAGCCAGAUGACACCGUGGAUGACAUCUCUGCUGUUUGGUGGGGCUCCAAGCGUCUGGACUACGCCCUCCACUGCCCAGACAUGCUGUCCGCCUUCCCUGCUGCUGCUCUGCCCCAGUUGUUCCAUAGCUCUUACUGGGAGUCCACUGACCUGGUGUUUUUUCUGCUGCAACAGGUGAUGUGGUGCGACUGCCUGAACAGUCAGGAAGCGGACGGCCCAGACUCCGCCCUCUUCUCAUCGGGCCCCCGCGAGAAGUGGCUUCGCAGGCGGACCCAUGUCAAGCUACGGAAUAUGACGUCUAACCACAGAGUGAACGACAUCAUCGCGACCGAGGAUGGGCCCCAAGUGCUGGUGGGACGCUUCAUGUAUGGACCCCUGGACAUGGUGACGCUUGCUGGAGAGAAGGUGGACGUCUACCUGGUGACACAGCCCCCGUCGGGACGCUGGAUGCACUUCGACACGGAGGUGACCAACAGCAGCGGAAGGGUGACCUACACCAUCCCUCAGGAGAAGAAGCUUGGCGUGGGUGUCUACCCCAUCAGGAUGGUGGUCAAGGGUGACCAGACUCGUGCAGAGGCGUGCUUGACAGUUUUGCCCCGGGGAAUGGAGUGCGUGGUGUUCAGCAUCGACGGCUCUUUCGCCGCCAGCGUCUCCCUCAUGGGUAGCGACCCCAAGGUCCGGCCGGGCGCUGUGGACGUGGUCAGGCACUGGCAAGACCUGGGCUACCUGAUCCUCUACAUCACGGGCCGCCCGGACAUGCAGAAGCAGAGGGUGGUCUCCUGGCUCUUCCAGCACAACUUCCCCCAGGGAGCGGUCUUCUUCUCUGAGGGGCUGGUGCACGACCCCCUACGUCAGAAAGCCAUCUUCCUCCGGAACCUGGUUCAGGAGUGCCACAUCAAGAUCAUUGCUGCCUAUGGCUCCACGAAAGACAUCUCCGUCUACAACAUGCUGGGCUUGAGUCCAGCUCAGAUAUAUAUCGUGGGCAGGCCAUCCAAGAAACAUCUAAACCAGUGCCAGUUCCUGAGCGAGGGUUAUGCGUCACACCUGACCUCUCUGCGUUUGAGGCAGCGCUCCCGCCCCAAGCAGAGCCAGCCCCCCGGAUGUACCGUGCUCCGCGAGUCCUCCCUAAGCCUGGCCGGCGAGCCCGACUUCCUGCGCAAGCGUGCCCACCUGCGGCGCACUAUGUCCGUGCAGCAGGCGUCCGUCCAGCCCUGCACCCCCGGCGCCAAACCGGAGCGUGCCCAGAGCCAACCCGAGUCCGUCAAAGACAACGGUGGUGGCCCCGGCGGGGUGGCAGGCCCCUGGGGGCGGGGCCGUACUGUAUGGCCUCGGGGAUCUGUACACCGUGAGGAUACCGCCCCCUGAUGGCCAAGCCGAAGCUUUCCGAGGCGUGUGAGUGGAGCCCCAGAGACCGAUCAGCACACCAUUUCCUCUGUUGUGACCCCGCCCUCAUUCCACGCAACCGGCCGUCGAGCUGGAGACCCUCACUGCUCUGCGAUGGCAGCCCCGGACGGGUUGCCGUGGCGAUACCAGGGGGGAGCAGCGUAGGGGUUCGAUGGUGGGUUGGUCAGAGAGGCUGCAGAAUGAGACCCACAGCUCAGAGAGGAGCUAUCAGCAUCAAAGAAGAGCAGAGGAUCAGAUUUUUGGAGGGUGGGGGUACAGAUUUUGGCUAACUUCUUACCAGCUCCCCCCUCUAGCUAGGAACAACAUACUCCCGAAU